GAUCGGGAGAGAGGGAACACCACCGACGCACGCACACUGUCUCAGCACUCCUCAAAGAGUUUAUUCGGGUGUAAACUAAGUUGGCAACCUGACUGGCACAACACACAUUGUUCUCCAGGUGAUACUAAGUGGACAUCGUUAACGGGGCCCCGCUAGCACUUGGAUCUGUUCUUCUCUGUCCCAGGUUAAGACUACUUGGUCUAUGGCUCUGAUGGACAAGCACAAACAGGUCAAGCGGCAGAGACUUGACCGCAUUUGUGAGGGUAUCCGACCCCCCAUCCUGAAUGGGCCAAUGCACCCGCGGCCCCUGGUGGCCCUGCUGGAUGGCCGCGACUGCACUGUGGAAAUGCCCAUCCUCAAAGAUGUGGCCACAGUGGCUUUCUGCGAUGCCCAGUCCACACAAGAGAUCCAUGAGAAGGUGCUAAAUGAGGCAGUGGCCGCUCUGCUGUACCACACUAUCACUCUAUCCAGGGACGACUUGGAAAAGUUUAAAGGUCUACGAGUAAUUGUCAGGAUUGGCUCCGGCUUUGACAAUGUUGACGUCAAAGCAGCUGCUGAGCUUGGCAUUGCUGUCUGUAACGUGCCAGCGGCCUCAGUGGAGGAGACGGCCGACACUUCGCUAUGUCUGAUUCUCAACCUGUACAGGCGAGUCACCUGGAUGCACCAGGCUCUAAGGGAGGGAACCCGGGCCUCUAGUGUGGAGCAGAUCAGGGAGGUGGCUGGUGGUGCUGCUCGCAUCCGGGGCGAGACGCUGGGCAUUAUCGGUCUAGGUCGUGUUGGUCAGGCGGUGGCUCUGCGGGCCAAGGCCUUUGGCUUUGGCGUGAUCUUUUAUGACCCCUACCUGCCUGAUGGUGUGGAACGCUCGCUUGGCCUGCAGCGAAUGGCCACCCUGCAGGACCUGCUCAUCCACUCUGACUGUGUAUCCCUGCACUGCAGCCUCAACGAGCACAACCACCACCUCAUUAAUGACUUCACCAUCAAACAGAUGCGUCAAGGAGCCUUCCUGGUGAACACGUCAAGAGGCGGUCUGGUUGAUGAGAAAGCACUGGCUCAGGCCCUGAAGGAGGGCCGGAUACGAGGGGCCGCCCUGGACGUCCACGAGACAGAACCCUUCAGUUUUUCAACAGGCCCUCUGAAGGACGCCCCGAACCUGAUCUGUACCCCGCACACAUCUUGGUACAGUGAGCAGGCCUCCAUUGAGGCUCGCGAGGAGGCAGCCAGGGAAGUGCGCCGGGCCAUCACUGGGCGUAUCCCUGACAGUCUGAAGAACUGUGUUAAUAAGGAGUAUCUGAUGGCAGCCUCUCAGUGGCCCACCAUGGAGGCAGCUACUGUUCACCCAGAACUUAAUGGAGCCACCUACAGAUUUCCUCCCGGUCUGAUCAAUGUUGCAACAGGGGGUCUCCCAGGAGCCGGCGCAGGCGUUGAAAGCCUGGUUUCAGGAACCCUGGCACAUGGCAUCGCCCCCGUCUCCCACCCUCCUCACGCCCCGUCCCCGGGGCAGCCUACUAAGGCCGAAGCCGACAGAGACAUCCCCUCCGACCAAUAGCCCCCUCCGCCGCCGCCAGCACAUUCCGUCAUCUCUGGAAACCAACCCCCACCUCCCAGGAUCAGACACAACCCGACCCUCCAGUACAUCGGCAGCACCAGUUUGACCUGACGUGGAUCUACAGUCUUUUCUCAGAUCACAUAACCAGCCCAAGAGUGACCUAUCCACAGUUAGCCCCAUCCCUCCCACAACCCCUAGAACACACACAUCCUCCAUCCUCAUCUCACCCGUCACCCCCUCCCCCCCCUUUUCACUCCCCCAACUACGUCAGCAAUAACUGUGUUCUCAAGGAUUCAAUGAUUGGAUUGGCUUAUUUCCUUAGUUGGCUGUUGUUUUAAAGGAAAGUUGAUCUGUUGUGGUUCUAGGUGUUAAUGUUUGUUUGUAAAAAGAAAAAAAUAGCAUUUCUGACAUGAGGCUUUACAGUCUACCGCCUCCUGCAGUCCUCCUCUGGUUCUGACCACUAGAGGCCCAGAGGCAGAAGGGUUGAAGCCCCACUUUGUACAUUAAUGGCUCAUGUUACUGCUCUCUUCUUCUUCUUCUUUUCGUUUUUUUUUUUUUUUCUUUUCCCCCUCACCCCCUCCACCCUUCUUAUGAUGGGGGGAAAAUGUGUACUGAAGCAAACCAGACAGAUUGACAAACAGUACAUCCUGUCCUCCCCACCGAUCAUCUAGCUACCCCUUAGCCCAUUUUUGCCCUCAUCUCUCCCUGGCACUGUCGUCAGCUCGCUCAGCAGAGGAAUCCAAAAUGCGGUCAGUGUGGAGGUCCCCGACUGUCAAAUGUUUUAUCUUCUCAGCCCAUACUUAAGCUUUAGAGAGUGAUGCCCAGUGUUUUUUUUUUGUUUUUUGUUGUCAAAUUUGUGUAGUUUUUAGGACCCUGCUUUACACAUGCUUUGCCCCCUCAUGGAUUAUUUUAUCAUGAGAUGAUAGCUUAGGAGCAUCAUAUCAGAGAGCACCUCGGCGCCUUGGUAUGAAUUUCCAUCUCCUGCCAGCAGCCAGAGUGCAGCGUGUCAAGUCUUGUGCUCACGGUGCCCGCAGAGGCCUCGCCAGCAGAGGGCGCCGCCUGGCUGCUCAGAGCCCAGAGAGUCGCCUGCAGCUCAUUUCAGGUCAACAGACGGACAGUUCCAGGUUAGCUUCAGUGACGACACACACUGCCGACAUACAUUCAAAACACAGGAGGGGUGACCAGGGAUCGACUACCGCCUUAUUGUUUGAUAAGA